GAGACGUCGAGGGCGCCCCAGACCGGAACAAUCAGAGAAUAACCUUUUUUCCGUUCGCGAACUCCCCGCUCCUCUCUCGUUUAGUUGGUGUUGAAACCACACCCCUGAACAAAAGGCAAGAACAUUUUUCUUAAUCUGAGACAUAAGCGUCGGCGAUGCUGCCUGCUGAAUGUUGAGAUAGGCUAGUUGGCAAUCCACGGGGCAACAGAAACACUCGAGUACAUAAGGCUGAAAUUUUAGGAAAAAGAAAUGGAAUAAAAGAAAGUGGACAAGUAAAAACUUUCCAUCUGACAUUUAGGUAGAGCCAAAGGAAGCCAUCGAAAGAGCAACAGGAAAGAAGAACCUUCAGAGGAGGUGUACAUCAAGCCGCCGCCAUGGACUGGAAGACAUUCCAAGCCCUGCUCAGCGGGGUGAAUAAGUACUCCACGGCAUUCGGGCGAAUCUGGCUGUCGGUGGUGUUUGUGUUCCGUGUGAUGGUGUACGUGGUGGCUGCAGAGCGCGUGUGGGGCGACGAGCAGAAGGACUUUGACUGCAACACGAAGCAGCCGGGCUGCCCCAACGUCUGCUACGACCACUUCUUCCCCAUCUCCCACAUCCGCCUGUGGGCGCUGCAGCUCAUCUUCGUCACCUGCCCCUCGCUCCUGGUGGUGAUGCACGUGGCCUACAGGGACGACCGCGAGCGCAAGUACCGGGCCAAGUACGGCGACGACGCCAAGCUCUACAAGGACACGGGCAAGAAGCACGGCGGCCUGUGGUGGACGUACUUGCUGAGCCUCUUCUUCAAGACGGCCAUCGAGAUCGUCUUCCUCUAUGUGCUGCACCGUAUCUACGACAGCUUCUACCUGCCCCGGCUGGUCAAGUGCGAAAUCUCCCCCUGCCCCAACCAGGUGGACUGCUACAUCGGGCGCCCCACCGAGAAGAAGGUCUUCACCUACUUCAUGGUGGGAGCCUCGGCCUUCUGCAUCGUGCUCAACAUCUGCGAGAUCAUCUACCUGAUCGCCAAGCGCAUCAUGGGCGUGGCCCACAAGAUUAAGAGCCGGGAUCGUAGCGUGGCCAUCCAGCACAGGUGCAAGGACCAGGACUGCUCAAACUGCAACCUUCCCAUGACCCGCCUGGACAUCAAGCCCCCCUUCCAGGCCGAGGAAAUGCGGGCAUCAGCCCCCAACCUCUCCACUGCUGCCUGAGAUCCCCUGGGUCUCCCCAAAAACUUGAAAACCUCAAAAAUCUGCUGCCUCUUUUUUAUACAUUAUUUUUUAAAGAUAUAUAUUUUUAAAUGUGUAAAUAUACAAUUUUAUUGCAGUGUUUUUCAUUGCUCAUGUCUUGAUUCUCUGCUGGGAAUUUCAGUGCUUUCUUCUGAAAUACAGUGUGUCACAUCUAGAUCCUUGGGAAAGGAUGAGCAUCAUGCCCAGUUCAGCUCUCAGUGCCUGAUGGGGGUGUCCUCAAUAAGAAGCAUGAGUGUGGAUGCAUUUCAGAGGCUCAUGUUUUGUAUUUAACUACACCCCAAAUCAAAUUUUCAUCUCUUAAUUCAAUGACUGUUUUUACAGCAAUUGUCGCUCUUCCUGCAGAUAUGAAUAUUUAAGCAAGUGUUAAUGCUGAGCCUAUGGAUUUGAACAAUAUUGUAUUUUUUGUACUUUACAUUGUACUGUUUUCACCAUUAGUACAGUUGACAGGCUUUGAUAUGUGCUGAUUAGGAGAUUGUCCUAAAUGAGUUUUUAAUGGAUCUAGGAAGUGGGGAUAUCUCAGAGUGCAAUUUACUUGAUGCUUAUCGGACAUGAAAUUAGAAUGUUUAGUCUGUUCGUGUUGUAUUUCUGCCAGAAUUUGUAUUUGUUGUGCCUGUACCAUAUUUGUGGCUCAUUUCUUUGAUUUGACAUACAAGUUGCGCUGGCCCAUGUCUGAGUGCUGAUUCAAUGUCUUCCUUCCUGCCAGAUGUAGGCUCUCACAGUGAAAGUGGAAGAUACUAGACAACAUGUGUGCAAAUACAAGCCAAACAUUUGCUCUUUAAAACUUGGAAAAUGGAUGUGCUGCAGCAGAAGCAGG